GCCACACAAUACAGGCUGUGGGCUCAUUGUUGCUGCCUACCAGCAGGCCUAUCACCACCCCAGGGACGAGGCCUCUCUGUAUGCCUCGGGACUGCUCACCAUGCAUCUUGCUCAACUCAACCGUGAGUGUCUCCUCCACCUUUUCUCCUUCCUGGACAAGGACAGCCGGAGGAGUUUGUCCCUUACCUGUCAUCGGCUGCGUGAGGUCUUCCUGGACCCCUGCCUCUGGAAUCUUCUUCACUUCAGUUCCCCUUGUGAGCUUAGAAAGGACAACUUUGUGCUGGGACCCUCACUGCGUUACUUGAUGAUUUGCUGGUACUCCAGCAGGGUCCUGCAGGUGUGCAACAUUGAGAACUGGUUGAAGAGCUCGUUUCAGAAGGACAUCUGCAGUAAACAUGAGAGCCUGGUCAGCACUUUCCUGGCCCGUGUCUGCCACAUGUGUCCCAACCUGCUCUCACUAACCCUGUCUGGCUGCGCACACAUCACUGACCAGGAUGUGAUCUCUGUGCUGCAGAGCUGCAAAAAGCUGCGCAACCUCCAUCUAGAAAACUGCGUCCGCAUCACCGAUUGCAGCCUGCAGGGUGUGGCGACACAUGGCACCAGUCUGAAGGUGGUGAAGGUGGACUUCUGCAGGAACAUCACACAAGCUGGGCUGCAGGACUGCAAGAAUAUAAGACCAGCCAUCCAGCUGAGUGCAGAAAGAAGUGCUGGCAUGAUCCCAGACAGCAAACCAGAGGAGAAGGUGCAGCUCAGGAGGACACUGCAGAAAGUCCUGCAGUUUUCCUGAGCUAAGCGCCUUCCACCCACACACUCUGAGACCACAAUAACGAGCAUCUCUGACUUUUUAUAGGGACUUGGAAGUGAUGCUUUUGUUCUAGUAUGUGUUUAGAAGCACUGUUUUAAACACCUUUUUAAAUAGCACCAGUGGAAUAUUAAAGCCUUUUUCUUACAGGCACACUACCCUUACUUACAUUUGUGGUUGUAUCUGACUCUUAAAUACACACUGAAACAGUGAAGUUAUAUAAUUUAAUUCCCAAAGCAACUGACUCCUUUUUUGCUUUCUCAAAAAUAUCAAGUCUUACAUUUGGUAUAAAAAUACCACCAGCAGCAAGUUAGCUUAGCUUUUCACAAAGCUCUGAAAUAUGGGAAACAGAUAGCUUUGUUCCAUUUAAAGUUGGGGGAGAAAAGUCUAUGAAUAUCAGUUUUACUCGCAGAGAAAUCAGGUUUUAUCUGUUUUGUAUUUACAAAAGCAUUUUGACAAAAUUACAAUUUGCUUUUUUUAUGAGGGAACAUUCUUGAUUUGACUUGAAACCCAGUCCAGAAUUCAGAAGGUUGUUUCUCCGGACGAAGACAUAUUACUAAUAUAUGCUACUCAUCAGUUAUAGAAGUUGAUUCUUUACUUAAUUUAAAAAUACAAAUAUAGUUAUACAAUAAUAUUCUAUUACAUAAUAAAGGAUUGUGCAGACCUACCUCAGUAAAAGUAAAGUAUGCGAAGAGGAUGUAGCAACAAGUGUCAAGUCAAAGUACUGGUUUAGCCCGUUAUACUGAUAAAUCAUUUUGUCAUUAUUGUGUUAUUAACAAACUUCAAAUAUGUGAGGAGCAUGUGAUUGCUGCUGCAGGUAAAGCAAGGCUGAACAACUUUAAUAAUAGUUUCACAAACGAGAUAUUCUGAAGGUUCGUGAAAUUAUUCAUCUGAGAAGAAAGAAAAACUAAAAGUCCUGAAACGAGAGAGAGAGAUCACUGGCUGGACUUCUGAACUGUGACCCUGACUUUGUGAAAGAUGAAAAAAAAUAGUUUUGAAACCAACUUUUCUACUUCAAUAUUUGUUUGUUUUGUGUUGUUUUGUUGGUGUAGUUGUUUACAUGUUUCUGUGUUAUAGUUUUUUUCUUACUUUUUUUUAUAAAGUCUGUGAAUUGUAAAUCAAAGAAUUGUGAAUGUAUUUAAAUUACUAAUUAAAAGUUAGUAAACAAAAUAAUUUUUACACUUUGUUUCAUUGCAGAUAGAAAUAACCAAAGAAAUUUAGUGUUUUUUCCUGUCAGAUUCUUUGAUGCUUCACUAAAUUUUGUUUUUAUUUUCAUGAUGACUUCAAGUUUAACUAACUUAUGAAUGGAAUAGUUCUUUCACCUGCUUUGCAGUGGAAACUUGGUGUGGGUGUGGCUUUUGCUAAACUAAUGUUGCACCACCGGUCUGUCACAGCGCAGCAACUGCCAGUACAAUUAUGCCUUAGGAGGUAGAGAUCAACAAAGGUGACAUGAGAUUAUUUUUUUGCAUUUUAUUCUUUCUAAUAAGUGUUGUUAAUUAUAACAAUGUGAAACAAUGCAAAAAGGAAGCUAAAGAAGAGACACUCAAAUAUUUUAGUUUUAAUGAUUGAAUAUUGUGUAUUCUAACAGGUCAUUUUAUAUUCUUUUGCUCAUACUUAAAAGCUUAU